AAAGCAAAAAUGGCGGCGGCGGCUAUGCGCGUGGCGGCACCCGGAAUCAGGCUCAGUGCUGUAGUGAGAAGUCUCCGGGCCGCGGUGCGCAGCGUGUGCACCCAGCCUGUCUCUGUUAAUGAGCGCAUCGAGAACAAGCGUCAAGCCGCACUACUGGGAGGAGGGCAGCACCGCAUCGACGCGCAGCAUAAGCGAGGAAAGCUAACGGCCAGAGAGCGGAUCAGUCUCUUGCUGGACCCUGGCAGUUUUGUUGAGAGCGACAUGUUUGUGGAACACAGAUGUGCAGAUUUUGGAAUGGCUGCUGAUAAGAAUAAGUUUCCUGGAGACAGUGUGGUCACUGGACGGGGCCGAAUCAAUGGAAGAUUGGUUUAUGUCUUCAGUCAGGAUUUUACAGUUUUUGGAGGCAGCCUGUCGGGAGCACAUGCCCAAAAGAUCUGCAAAAUCAUGGACCAAGCCAUGACAGUGGGGGCUCCGGUGAUUGGACUGAAUGACUCUGGGGGAGCACGGAUCCAAGAGGGAGUAGAGUCUUUGGCUGGCUACGCAGACAUCUUUCUGAGGAAUGUCACGGCAUCCGGAGUCAUCCCUCAGAUUUCUCUGAUCAUGGGCCCAUGUGCCGGUGGGGCUGUCUACUCCCCGGCCCUAACAGACUUCACGUUCAUGGUAAAGGACACCUCCUACUUGUUCAUCACUGGCCCUGAUGUUGUGAAGUCUGUCACCAAUGAGGACGUUACCCAGGAGGAGCUCGGGGGCGCCAGGACCCACACCACCAUGUCAGGCGUGGCCCACAGAGCUUUUGAAAAUGACGUGGACGCCUUGUGUAAUCUCCGGGAGUUCUUCAACUACUUGCCUCUCAGCAAUCAGGACCCGGCCCCCGUCCGUGAGUGCCAUGAUCCCAGUGACCGUCUGGUUCCUGAGCUUGAUACAAUUGUCCCUUUGGAAUCAACCAAAGCCUACGACAUGGUGGACAUCAUACACUCUGUUGUUGAUGAGCGAGAAUUUUUUGAGAUCAUGCCCAGUUAUGCCAAGAACAUCAUCGUUGGUUUUGCAAGAAUGAAUGGGAGGACUGUUGGAAUUGUUGGCAACCAACCUAAAGUGGCUUCAGGAUGCUUGGACAUUAAUUCAUCCGUGAAAGGGGCUCGUUUUGUCCGAUUCUGUGACGCGUUCAAUAUUCCACUCAUCACGUUUGUGGAUGUCCCUGGCUUUCUCCCCGGCACUGCGCAGGAGUACGGAGGCAUCAUCCGGCACGGCGCCAAGCUUCUCUACGCGUUUGCCGAGGCAACUGUGCCCAAAGUGACAGUCAUCACCAGGAAGGCCUAUGGUGGCGCUUACGAUGUCAUGAGCUCCAAGCACCUUUGUGGUGACACAAACUAUGCCUGGCCCACAGCAGAGAUUGCAGUCAUGGGAGCAAAGGGCGCUGUGGAGAUCAUCUUCAAAGGGCACGAGAAUGUGGAGGCUGCUCAGGCAGAGUACAUCGAGAAGUUUGCCAACCCUUUUCCUGCAGCCGUGAGAGGGUUUGUGGAUGACAUCAUCCAGCCUUCCUCUACACGUGCCCGAAUCUGCUGUGACCUGGAUGUCUUGGCCAGCAAGAAGCAUGGGAUCUCCACCAUUCCAAGCAGAAGCUGUGGCUACUCAGUGGGCGGAGCCUCAGUCUGGGGCCUGUGUGGAAUCCAGCCAGCACAUUUGGGCAGAUGUGGCAGCCUUAGUAGGUAGGUACUGACCAUGUCCCUACUGUCCUGGAGAUGAGAAAUGCCUCAUUUAUGUGUCCUUGGGAGCAGAAAGCUAUCCUUCAAGACGUGAUGCCCAGUGUAGACCCCUACAGAGCAAGGCACUUAGGAGGGCAUGGAUGGAACCUUACCUGAGUUUGGUCUGAUAUGUGGAGCCUGAGCAGGCACUAAGCCUUUGUUUCCCAUGAAGACACUGCGCCUUGUUUGAUAGAUUCUUUUCUGAGAGCAGGGCCAAUGGAGAGUCACAGUCAAGUCACAUCUGGGAGGUUUGCAAGCUUGUCCGAAGGUAGAGUCACACAUGGGUAAAGCCCUGGUCUAAUCUCAUAAACACAUAACCUUCAAGAUGAGCUGCUACAGAGAUCCGUGCUCAUCACAUUCCCUCCUGGGCUGCCUGGAGAGCUCACCUGCCGAUUUAUCCCCUGCAUUCCUGCCUCUUCUGCACAGCCAUCUUAGGCCAUCUAAUGAACACGGCCCAAAGAACACAGUCAGGCCCAUAAAGUAUAGGAUACAGUUUUGUUCAGAGUGACACCUGGCAGCAGUGUCAAGAGAAACCCUCACUUCAGCAGCCAUGUAGAACACAAGUGAUCUUUACAGGGCACUGCUAUGGGGGCAACCGUGCAGAAGUGCUGGGUCUGGAUCUCGGGUGGGGGAAGGACCCAGGCUUCAGACCAGUUGAUAAUCCCUGAAUGCCUCUUCCAAAACGCAGCCCACGAGAGGCUUCCUCUUGAAUCACAGACCACUUGGCCUAGCUAGUCUCUCACUCUCUCCAAGGAAAUACAAAGAAUGAAAGAAAACUGAUGAGCUAGUCCUAAGAUUCUGCUUGCUUAAAAAAGUAAAGCCUCAUUUGAUACAGGAAUUUUGCCAUCAUUUAACAAAUGAUCUGAAAGAGCGAACUCUCAGUUUUUGGUAAAAAGGGAAAGCUUCAUCAUUCUGUCGACAGGACAAGAAAUCACCCCUUUAAAGCUUUACCUAGUAGGAACAAUAGGAUGACUACCACAAGCCUGAUUUUGAAUAGUUUAUUAAAGGAAAGGUGAAGCAUCAGUUUCAAAUUGUACAAAAGGAAAAAAACCUCAUAUUGCAAAUGUACAAUUUACAGAAUUACUAGCAAAACCAAUCAAGGAGACACUGAAAAUACAAAAAUUCGAUUGACUUCAAACUGAACUGGAAACCCAUUGGAGUCGAUAUUACGCCUUUUCUGUUGCACGGUAGUCCACAAUUCUAAGUCAGCAUCUGUUUGUUUUCCACGUGAAACUGUCAAGCCAAGGAUCAAUCUGUGCAGGUGCCAGGGCACUUCCCAGCCUGCUCCCUGGCCAGAACCACAGGCGGGCAGGGCUGGCGUGGUGGACAGUCCAAUCAUCCCCGCCCCUUCACUUCCAGUGAAACUCACAUUUCUGGAGGAAAGCGAGACCCCAGCCCCAACUGGAGCCCAGGAAUUGCUCAAUUAGCAGAUAAAACAUUUUUGGUGACCAAGUUUUUUUCAGAACUGUACAAAUGUUGAGAAAAGUUUGUUUUGUCUGUUUACUAAAAGGAUGAAUAAAAUAAUCCAUUUUGCUUUCCCACAUAGUCACUGGGUGCACAGAUUUUUUUUUUUUUUAAAUGCUUUUGUUUUUUGGUAAAAAGGGAAAGCCUCAUCACUCUGUUGCAGCUACUUUACUUUAAAAACCAGCCCAGAAACAGCUGUAAAUGGAUUGGUUUGGAAGUUCUGAGGCUUACUUUAAAAAUCAGAAAGGAAGAAAGUGGGCUUUUUAAAAUAACAGUAGCAGCAAGUCAUAAAAAAGUCUAAGCAGAAUGUAACUCUAAACCAUUAAAGGCUGUCCUGAAGAUUCAUAAUUUCUUUCCCCCAAAGAAUUAUCCUUAAUAUGCACAUUUAACACUGAAAUGUUGCUGUAUUUCAAGGUAAGCGUAAGACCUUCACCCUCUAAGCACAGACUUCUAUGCAGCACAUACGUCUAUAAUCGGUAAACUUAAUUAAUUCACAAAAUUAGUGCAUAAGGGUAUUAAGUGCAUGGGAAGUAGACACGGUUAUGUUACACUUAAAAUUACGUUUGAAUGGCGAAGGAGUUCUUCAUGAUUAUCUUUUUAAGAAAAUGGAAGUCCAUGUAACUUGAAUUUGGCAGGGCAUGAACUAAGUGGUAAAAACAGCAAACUGAUAACUUGAGAACCGUUUUUGUUUUACUGAGAAUACUUUAUUUGCUGGUAGAAGUUGCUAAAAAUGCACAGAACAAAUACCAAUAGAAAAUGUACUGUAUUUGAAUCUCCCUAAUCUAUAUAAAAUGAAUGGUGUACAGCAUCUGUUGGAAAAAUGGCUGCUUGGACAUGUCUUAUUUUAUGCCCCCUUAUAAAUAAAAAUAAACCUUUUUAUUCAAGA